AAUUCUUCAACUGUGUAGUGACCCACAUCGAAUUUGAUACCAAUCCCACAAAUAAAAUGCAUAUCUUAAAUCCGCCAUUGCUAGCCGUAUAUUUAGAUUCUCAGCAAAAUGUCAAUCACUCCCUCGCUCUCUCGCCUUCACUCUCCAUUUCUUUGCAGCCCGCUCAAACUCUCGACUCCGUCGUUGUCCUUCAAAUGUGGAAGGUAUCAACGGUCGCCGGCCUUUUGUCCAUGCAUCAGAGCAGUUGAAUUUGAUCAGAACACGGUAGUAGCAGUGACGGUUGGACUUGUCAGCGUUGCUGUUGGGAUCGGCAUUCCAAUCUUCUACGAAACCCAGAUCGAUAAUGCUGCUAACAGAGAAAAUACCCAACCAUGCUUCCCUUGCAAUGGCACCGGUGCCCAGAGGUGUAGAUUUUGUAUGGGAAGUGGCACGAUCAGUGUAGAGCUUGGCGGGGAUGAAAAAGAGGUGUCCAAAUGCGUCAACUGCGAAGGAGUAGGUUCUUUAACAUGCACUACUUGCCAAGGUAGUGGGAUUCAGCCGCGUUACCUUGAUCGCAGGGAAUUUAAAGAUGAUGACUGAGGUGCAAGGUAAAAGAAUUUGGACUUGCCUCUUGGGGAUUGUUGAUAAACAUAAACCCGGUGUUUUUGAAGGACAUUGUGAAAUCAUUGGUUCAUUUGUAUUUACUCUGCACUUCUUUUCUCCCAUCUAUUUUGUGUCAAAUUUUCUACUUUCUGAUGGAAUGGAACAACUUGUUCGUUUUGGAGGAAAGGAUAUUUGAUUUCUGAAUGUGGAAAUUGUUCAUAAAAUAUUUAUGAUCCAUCAUUGCUGGUGGUGGUGCUAGAUGAGUCAGACACUAGCAUUGUUCACAG